ACCUUUUUCGGCCCAAACCAGGAAAGAGACGCGGCUGCUCCUGACAAGGGGAGCCCAAGGGGUGUCUCUGCUUCUUCGCUGAUCGCACUGCUGGAGCUGCUUGGACUCACUCUCAUCAGCUCUCUCAUCUCGCAUCUCCCACCACCCAUCAAACGUCAGCCAAAACUUUUGCCCUCUGCUUGCAUUCCAUCAAUCAGCAACCGCCGAACCCCAGCUAAUAAAGCACCACCAAGACAAUGGCUGAAACAUCAUCGUUAUCAUCGUUCACAGCCCAAGACAAGGCACUGGCGCUGGCUCCCAAAUUUUCCGCCUUUUUGUCCUUAUGCGGAAGCGCCUACAUCAUCCUCGAUGUUUUAAAGGCCGGUCAGUUCUUUCAGAGCACGCAUCAUCGCCUCCUCUUGGGUAUGAGCACGUGCAACUUUCUCGUCAGUCUGCUGGCCUUUUUCAUGUCUACUUGGCCGAUUCCCUCUCAAGAACCCGUCAUUUGGGCCAGUGGCAAUCAGGCAACCUGCAACGCUCAAGGAUUCUUUGCCCAAUUCAGUCUUUCGGUCGUACUGUACAAUGCCGGACUGUCGGCCUUUUAUCUGGCCAAGAUUCGCUUGAAAUGGAAGCAACAGCGGAUCCAACAGUGUUUGGAACCCAUGCUGCACUUGAUUCCCUGGGUGGUGGGAUUGGCCACUGCCACGGCGGGGGUCGUGUUGGAUCUGUACAAUAACGAAGACUUUGACUGUUGGAUUGCCCCUCUUCCGCAGGGCUGUCAAGAGUCGUGGAAGUACGGAGAGACGACCUGUGAACGAGGAGACAAUGCAUCAAUCUAUCGGUGGGUCUUGUACUAUGGCAUCCUGUGGUUGACCAUUCCCUUUGUUUUGGUCAACAUGAUGCUCGUAUACCGCAGUGUCUACCGACAAGAAAAGAAGAUGAGCCGGUACAACUUUCAAUACCAACGAGAGCUUUCGCGGUUAGAGCGAGAGCAUCGGCGAUAUGAAAGUGGAGACGACGAGUGUAACGACGACGACGUCAGUGAUGAUGUGUCGGUGGCAUCCAACAUCAGUAUGAGCUCGUUGCACUCCAUCACGUCCUCCGCUGCCAUGGCCCUCCAACGAGUAUCCGGUGGCUUUAAGCAUCUCAAAAAGAAGCAAGACCGACUGCACAGUCACUUUAAGCAUUCCAGCCGCGUGGCACUGCAGGGCUACUGGUUCUGUGGUGCCUUUGUGGCCACAUGGAUGUUCCCGACCAUAUCCCGACUGGUGCAAGUAAUGUCCGGUACCACAGUCUAUCCACUCCACUUGCUGACGGCAUUCUUUGUACCCAUUCAGGGCUUUUUCAACUUUCUCGUCUACAUUCAUCCGAAACUCACCAGCGGCAAGUCGUCCAGAAAGAAGCAGGCCGAUUGGGGGUGGAUUCGAUCCUGCUUUGGAAGAACGGAUCCAAUGGAAUCCUCCGCGAAAGAAGCCGAAAGGACUCAAUGCACUAGUGCAUCCAUCACCGUGACGGCAAAGGCAUCCCUUACGGCUUCCAGCAUUUCGACGCGUACUACUUCUCUCGGUUGUCACUGGGACGGAAGUACUCCUGUCCACGAGGAGGACUUUUCCCGCAGGAGGCCCGCCAUUCUUGCCCCCACGACAAUCACCACCAACGAACCACCUCUGGAGGAGGAUGUAGAAUCCGGCAAUCCUGACGCUCCGGCCCAAGUGAUUCGCAUCGUUGUGGCAGACAUGCCCGACGAACUCGCAAUCUAGCAAUCCAACAAGGAACUGCUCAUCCGAGCAAACUGUUACGGCACUGACACUCCCAUGUAACUCUACUAGCUGGCCUGCCGAGCAGGAGUGAUGCGUGUGUCAAACUUCCAAUCCACUGAGUACGAAUUGGUGCUACAUGAUAUUGGGACCCUUGUGCUCUCCAUCAAGCCGAAUUAGAGUCGUGCUUGCAGUGUCCUCGUUGCAACCUCCUCCCUCCUUACGGUACGAUACCGGGACGCGUCGGCUGUCUGCGAACUUUCCUCGCAACACGCAUGAUAGCAUAUUCUUUCUGGGCGCACCUCCAGCAUCGAACCCCACACGGUGGUAGACGACCCACCAAACAGCACAAGUCUGUCGCUUCGCCUCCUUUAAAACCGCCAUCCCUCCAAUUUGUACAAUAACAUCCAGGGUCUGACUCCAGUUCCUGGCUCUGUAGUAUAAAAGUUUCAAUUCCCGUCAUUGCAUAAUUAUGAAAGUAGAACAUGAAAGCCGACCCUAGUAAUUGCAAAUCAGAAUUAGGAACUUUCAUGAUGUUG